AAUCGAGUGUGAACAAUGGCUUCCGGUCAAACCCCAUGGCUCCGACCCUCAAGUCGCCGCUCACCCCUAAACUUAAGCCUAAUCGUCUAUCGACUCCCAAUUUCCGCCAUAUGUCCAAUUUCAUUCCUAAUUAGUGUUUCCGCUAGGGUUCUUCUUCCUACCUUUGCUGUGAUUUAUUCUGCUCUCUGCUUAGAAUCUGGUUGAGGUGAGGAGAUAGGUGAAGGGGAAAGGAUGGAGGGGACAGCGAGCGGAAGCGACGUGGAGCUGAUGUCUAAGACGCUGCAGUUCGAGCACAAACUCUUCUAUUUUGAUCUGAAGGAGAAUCCACGUGGACGCUACCUUAAGAUCUCUGAGAAGACCUCUGCGACGCGAUCCACGAUCAUCGUUCCCGUCAACGGCAUCGUUUGGUUCCUUGAUCUGUUUAACUAUUAUGUCAAUACGGACGAGCGCGAUGCCUUCAGCAAGGAGCUUAAACUCGACACCAAGGUGUUUUACUUUGAUGUUGGUGAAAAUAAGAGGGGCCGAUUUUUGAAGGUUUCGGAAGCAUCAGUCAGUAGAAACCGCAGCACAAUUAUUGUUCCGGCUGGAAGCUCUGGCGAGGAAGGAUGGUCAGCAUUCAGAAACAUUCUACUGGAAAUAAACGAAGAAGUGUCCCGGAUCUUCAUACCAAAUCAGCAACACCUUGAAUCCUCAGAGCGUGUUCCAGGACUUUCAGAUGAUGUGGGGGCUGGUUUUAUAUCAGGAUCUGGCCAUAGCAGUCAACCGGUUGCAGGAUCUGACUUAAAUGUUGAUAGAUUAGUUGAGCUUUCUCCACAGGAUGAAGUUGGGAGCAUGGGACUAUCCAAAGUUAUCAGAGCUGACCAAAAAAGGUUUUUCUUUGAUUUAGGAAGCAAUAAUAGGGGUCAUUUCCUGCGGAUAUCAGAGGUGGCUGGUCCUGACCGCUCAUCUAUCAUCUUGCCCUUGUCUGCGCUGAAGCAGUUUCAUGAAAUGCUUGGUCACUUCGUCGAAAUAACCAAGGACAGGCUUGAAGGGAUCUCAAACGCAAAUGUGAGGACUGUGGAGCCUUCUCAGAGAUGACUCCUUUGUUGGGUGGUUUCAGACGAAGCAAUCUUGUUUAGCCUUAGUCUUUUCUUGUGUUAGUCUAGCGCUUGCUUUCCUGUAGAUCAUGCUUAAUUUUCUGCCAUUUUCUUCAUCAUAAGGGCUGAUUAAAUGAUUAAUAAUAUCUGGUUAUUGGGAGUAUGGUGAGAAUAAGCAGGGGCUGGGUGUGAUAUAAUGUACUAUUAUGCUUCGGUUGGUGUCUGUAAUGUUAUUAAAAGAUACUUCAGCCCUGUUUAAUUCUUUAAGAAUAUGUUAUUAUUUGUGCAGUUUGAUCAAUUUUGUGGCUUUUGAUGUGA